CCCAGAGCAGUAGAUGGAAAGUCACCGGGACUGAGUGAGACCGCUCCGUUUCCAAAACAUUUACGCACCGCAGCGGCGUUCCGCCUGUCUGUCCUCCAACACCACCCACCAAGCAGCGGCUGUCUCCACUCUGAAGGACCGGGAGCAGACACACACACACACACAUACUCCGAACAAGCUCGUUCCCAAACCACCGUGUUUUGCAUGCGGUGAGCAAUUAAAGCGGGAGAGGAAGAGGAGGAGGACGGAAGUUUGUUUGGGGUUUUUUUUUCGCUCUCUGGUGGAGAGCGCAGCGCGCACUGACUGAAUGGUUGAGCCCGGCCCUACAGCGCUGCACCUCCACUCCAGCGGCGAUGCCAGCAUGGCAGACGUCGGUGUCAAAGUAGAACAGGAGGAGUGCGGUGGAGCGGGUGGAGUCAACACCAACUCUGAGCCUCCCAAGUCGUCUCCUCUGCAUGACUGGUCAGGAAAUCAGGCGCUCGAGGCCCGCCAGCUGACCCCACCACUGUCACGCUCUCCUUCAGAGGGCUCUCCAAGCAAGGAGCCGCCUCACCGGCAGCUGAAGGAGGCCAGGAUUCCAGAUCGGUCAGAGGGACAAUCCAACUUCAAGGAAGUAAUGCCCACCAUUGAGAAGCUGCUGAAUGCUGACUGGAAGGAGAAACUUCUGGAUAAAAGCAGCGCGGGGGCUGGACAGCUGAAAGGUUCCCCCGAGUCUCUGGCAGAGAAGGAGCUCCAGCUGCUGAUGAUGAUAAACCAGCUGAACGCUCUGAGAGAGCAGCUGCUGGGCGCCCACUCGGAGCAGAGGAACAUGGCCGCCCUCCUGCUGGAGAAGCAGCAGCAGCAGAUGGAGCUGGCUCGACAACAACAGGAACAGAUUGCCAAGCAGCAGCAACAGCUGAUCCAGCAGCAGCACAAGAUCAACCUGCUUCAGCAGCAGAUCCAGCAGGUGAACAUGCCCUACGUGAUGAUCCCAGCUUUCCACCCUAACACCCAGCCCCUCCCGGUCACCUCUGACCCGACGAUGACGUUGCCGUUGCAGCCAAUCCCCUGCAAGCCGACCGUGGAUUAUUCCAUGCAGCUGCUGCCUAACAGUCACCCCGCCCCUGUCAAGAGGAGCAGUGGUUCCUUCCGACAGGAGGCAAGUCAGCCCUUGAACCUGACCUCCAAGCCAAAGGGCCUGGAGCUGGGGAAAACAUCCAGUCCGCAGAGCUUGGAAUUGGGAUCGCUGGCGCUGCAAGCAUCCUAUAGACCUCGAGAUCUUCAGAGAGAGGUGUCCCACAGCCCACCCAGAUCUGCACUCAGUUUCCUGGGCGACGGCGAUGUGGUCACCCAGGCCAUCCACGAUGCUCAGCAGUUGCUGAGGAGUCACAGCAGCGGGGGGAGAGAGAGGGAGAGGAACAGGGAGAGAGAUGGAGGGGGGAAAAUGGAAUACAAAGGCUCUCCUUGCAAUGAAAGACUUUCUCACUGCGAGCGGGGGGAAGACAGACAUGGCCUGCCGUCCACUGAGGACCACCUCAGCAGUGACUCAGAAAGUGCUGUUCCCGUCUCCGUCGCAGGCAGCUACGCAGAGGCCCGGCCCACUCCCUCCUCUGGCCACAUAAAGAGACCCAUGAACGCCUUCAUGGUGUGGGCCAAAGAUGAGCGCAGGAGGAUCUUGCAGGCUUUCCCUGACAUGCACAACUCCUCCAUCAGCAAGAUCCUGGGCUCCAGGUGGAAGGCCAUGUCGAACCAGGAGAAGCAGCCGUACUAUGAAGAGCAGGCAAGGCUGAGCAGGCAGCACCUAGAGCGCUACCCCGACUACAAAUACAAACCCCGGCCGAAACGCACCUGCAUUGUGGAGGGACGAAGGCUGAGGGUGGGCGAGUACAAAGCCAUGAUGAAGAGCCGCAGACAGGAGCAGAGAGGGACCUACACACACAGUCAGACGGAUCCACAGCAGAUCCAGUACUCCCACAGUGACGGCCAGUACCCCAGCAGCGGCUCAGUCUCCAUCUCCAGCAUGCCCUUUCACCCUGCGCUACUGGAGCAUUACCUGCCCCAGGUGCCCCCUGCCCCACGCAGAGCGGAAGGCCAGGCCACGCCCACCUCUAUAGCAAGGGACAGAGAGAGGGAGCGAGAGAGAGAGCGACCCCCGUACAGCGAAGGUGAGGAAAGCGACGUGGGAGAGAGGAGCGAGGGGGAACUGGUGCUCCUGACAGACUGAAGAAGGGCCAGUGGAAGAGGGGAUGAAUGAAAAGAUAAAGAUGAGGGAUGGGACAGGAGGCUCAGCUGUUACUCAGAACCAACGAACCGAUGGACGGAGCAGUUGAGAAAAGGUCAAACACAAUCACUUGUAAUUUAACACAAUCGUCAAUGAAAACCCGCCCAACACUCACAUACAAAGGGAAGCUCUUAUCAUUCAUCUUUUCAGGUCUCAUGUCAUCACCUGAACAUCGAUGUAGAAGGUUUAUAGAAGGUUUGGGAAACAAUAAUCCCCAGAAGGGUUGAAACCAUUGGAUGAAACUCCAAAAUGAACUCCAAAAGUUCAACCAACUGAACCAUAAAGUGGAAAAGGCCUCUGCAUGUAAUCAGUUGGUAGGCACUGCCCCCUUGUGGUAAAGACUAUUUAUUACUGAACAGAGAUUGUCUGGAGUUUUUACACUUAGAUGACGUGGAAAAGUAUGAGAAAAAAAAGUGUAAUGGAAGCAGGUUCAUCUUCAUCAUCUCGUUGCACUUGCCUCUUCUGAACUCGUCAUCUGACACCUGACCUUUUGGUCAGAUUUUGCUAAUGACAUCAUUUAAUUUGUUUUUAGCUGCAGGAGACGUUCUCCAGAUGUUUUAAGAAAACAGUUUCAGUAACACUAGAAUCAGAUUUCAGAUGCAUUCAGGGAAACGUUUAGCUUUAAGCUGUGGGUUCAUGCAGGUAAACCAAUUUAGUCUUUUUAAAUCAUUUUUAAAAGGCAGGUUUUCACCUGGUGGUUUUCUGUCAUUACCCAUAAAAUCCCUGUUGUAGCCCAGAUAAUCAAUCAUCAGACCCUCCUCUCCCUCCUCCUCCUUCAUCAUCAUCAUUACAUCGUUCUGUUGAGCUGUGCUGUGUAAGAUGUAUCGGUGUGUCCAUUAGUUCUCGCUCCAUAGCACAGUGGGUUGACGUCACCGUUGUUUCUGCGUUUGCCUCUGAGUGUUUUUUUUAGUUGUUGUGUUAAGCCUGUCUGUUUAUACAAGUAUCUGCUGUGUUUUCCUUCCAGAAUGAUUAGUGUGUUUUUUUAUCUUGAAAAAAGAUGUUAAAGUUGACGUUUCAUUUAAAUGGGAUAAAGUAUUGUCCUUUUGUCAUCUUUUAUGUUCCUGUUCAGACAUCUAAUAAGAGACAAGUCGCUUCAAAAUCAAUGUGGUUGUGUCCAAAAUCCCUCCUUCACUAUGUCCUGUAAACGCUCACACUUGGCAUUUACUUUAUAAUUGACAUGCUCGUUCUCACUGUGGAAUAUUAUAGAGCUGCAUAUGAGAGGUAAAUCUAGUGCAGCAUAUAGUGGUGAGCGAUUUUGGACAGGCUGUUACCUGCGUUGGACAGUGAGCUAAUGGGAUGGAAGUAAACCCUCCUCUGUUUUAUGGUGGACACACAAUAUGAGUCAUAGCACAAUUCAAAACUAUAAAAAUCCACUUUUGGGGAGCAACUGGUCACCUUGAGAGUACAGAUACCAAAACAAUCCCUGCACUGCUUGUGGGUUAGCUUGCUGAGAUUUAUUAGGAACCUCAUGAGCACUUAAUUUUAGGUAAUAUUGUGGGUGAGUAAGAAAAAUGUACAUAGGCCACAGAAGUAUACAAUAAUUAAAAAGAAAUCAAAACAGGUUAAAAAUGAUAUUUUAGGCCUGCUUUGCCUGGUUCCACACUUUUAAAUCAGUCCGUUUCAAGGGGUUAAAUGAAGCUGGAAACCAGGUUUAACAGGCUGACAAAUCCACCUGAUCGGGCUUUUUCAGUUCCUCUGUUAGCUCCAUGCUAAUGUUGCUAACACUUUAGCAUACACAGUCUUAAAUGGCUAUGUAUCUUAUUCACUAGAUUUAAAGUCAAAUGGAACAUUAUUCAUUUCAUCCAGGUGUGUUAAAGUCAGCUUACCUCUCAAACGUGCAGGGCAGUAGGUCCUGAGAAUACAUAGUGGCUUUUUAAAAUAACUUAUAUUAUCAACUAGAUGUAAAUUAAAAGUUAUUCCAGAUCUUUUUUUCUUUUAACACUUUACAUUUUAAACCAAAUUUUAGGCAAAACAUAUUAGCUGCUACUUUAGCUUCUUCCAGCUGAAGGGAAGUUGAGGAUGGAGUUCAUGGAGACUCCUCAGUAAGUUUAGCUAGCAGUGGUUGCAAAAUGAAUCCUUCUCUUGGUACAACAGACAUUUCCCCAGCGCAGAAAAGGAAAAGAGCAUUUGUUAGUUACAGAAAUAACUCUGUUAGCCCUACGCUAAUGUUGCUAAUACUAAAUAAUACGCUAUAAUAAUACGUAUUAUUAUGUACGUGUAAUAGUAAUACGCUAAUACAGUGUACGCUUUAGCGUGCGCUGUAUUAAUUGGGUAUGACUUUCUAAGUUGAAUAAUUUAAAUAGCUUAAAAGUUAAGUCUUUAAAUGUAUUCAGAUUCUUUAUUUUAUGUUUUUGUUGUUUGUUUAUUUUAACAAACAAAAAAAAAAAAAAAAAAAGUCACACGUCACUUCUUUAGUUGUUUCAUUUGAAUUGAAGCUAAAAUUUUUGGACGAACUUUUGGUGUCUUUGCUCUCGUCACUCAGUGACGGUUUUGACCAGCAGAGUGAUUGAAUCUAAAAGCUUGUGUGCCUGCGUUAAAACUUUCAAUCCACCAUUAGCUAAAUGCAAGGUUGACAAAUCAAAACAUUUUGGCGGAAAAAUAUUUAUUUCAGCCCUCCGCUGAAGUUUGGGAGGGUUUAUUCUAAAGAUGCUGAGUUUUGUGUACAGAGAUGGAUAUCAGAUGAUGUUGUUUUUCUUAUUUUACUGGAAAGAUGCUAAGGAGCCAUCUGUCUUUACCCCUGCUGAUGUAAAUAUAGAAAGAGACUUUAUUUUGUUUAUAAGAUCUUGUGUAAUUUAAAGGUGUACAUUUCUCUGUUUUCAGAUUUUUUUUCUUUUUGAAAGACAAUAAAUUGGUUGCAUUAAUUGUG